CCUUGCCAAAGAUAGGUAAUUUAUAGCGACAGGUACUUCGCAUGUAACAUUUUAGACGUUUUUGUAAGUCCAGUUACAUUCAUUAGAACGCCCCCAGGCAGAAAUAUCAACCCGCAGUUUUGUUUCCCUGAGUAUCGCCAGCUUGUUUGGUCAUGUGACUUUGAUAAUAUUAUAAGCAGCUCAGCAGCCGGCCAGUUUCUGCAGCCAGUUCACUGGUUAACAUGACAUCGUUAACUUGUGCCGGAAAAGGUCUCGCCUUUUCCUUUCUGAUUUCAGCCUGUUUUCUUUCUUUGUUCCAAGAUGUCAAUGGUUACGAGCCUAAUUGGAAGUCGAUAGAUUCGAGGCCUCUGCCUGGUUGGUACGAUGAUGCCAAAUUGGGUAUCUUCAUUCACUGGGGAGUUUUUUCAGUCCCCAGUUUCUCAUCAGAGUGGUUUUGGUAUAGAUGGAAAGUCAAAAAAUAUCCGCCAGUUGUUGAAUUCAUGGAGAAGAAUUAUCCACCAGACUUUACGUAUGCAGACUUUGGCAAGGAGUUUACUGCUGAAUUUUUUGACGCAAACAAAUGGGCAGACAUGUUUGAGAAAGCUGGCGCAAAGUACGUGGUCUUCGUAAGCAAGCAUUGUGAAGGAUUCACUAACUGGCCGUCAAAAUAUUCUUUCAGCUGGAAUUCAAUGGCUGUUGGACCUAAAAGAGAUAUUGUUGGUGAACUCAUGAAUGCCACACGGAGCAGGACUGAUCUGAAGUUUGGCCUGUAUCACGUAUUGUAUGAGUGGCUCCACCCUUUGUAUCUGAAGGAUAAGGAGUCUGGAUUUAAGACGCAAGAUUUUGUCAAUCUAAAGACAAUGCCUGAAAUGUAUGAGAUUGUGGAGACCUACAAGCCUGAGAUCUUCUUUUCUGAUGGGGACUGGGAAGCUCCAGUUGAGUACUGGAAGUCUUUGGAGUUCUUGGCUUGGCUCUACACCUACAGCCCUGUUAAGGACACAGUUAUUGUAAACGACAGAUGGGGAAUUGGCGCUAACUGUACACAUGGAGGGUACUACACAUGCGGAGACCGCUACAACCCAGGUGUCCUUCAGAAACAUAAAUGGGAGAACGCAAUGACCAUCGACAAAAGAUCGUGGGGUUUCAGACGAAAUGCUCCCUUGGCCGAUUAUCUGAGCAUUGAGGAACUGCUGCAGACAUUCGUUAUUACUAUUAGCUGCGGAGGCAACAUGCUGAUGAAUAUAGGACCUCCCAAACAUGGCCAAAUUUCUCCGAUAUUUGAGGAGCGACUUCUUCAGGUGGGGUCUUGGCUUAAGGUCAACGGCGAGGGUGUCUAUGCUUCCAGGCCUUGGACUUACCAGAAUGAGACUGUGACCAAAGGUGUAUGGUACACAAAGAAAACCGAUGCCAGUGGCACGUCCCUGUACGCUUUUGUCUUCCACUGGCCAGACACGGGGACUCUCAGCCUUGAUUUACCUCAGGUAUCUUCUGCUACCAAAGUAUCUCUGCUGGGGUAUCCGACCUUGUUCAACUACCAUGCUCGUAGUCCCAGAGGGCUGGACAUCUCCGUUCCUCCUAUCGCUGUGAGCAAAAUGCCUUGCCAGUGGGUGUGGGUCUUCAAGAUCACCGCUGUGGUUAACUGAAUUUUGAGAAAAUUAUGAUGUGUUGUAAUGUUGUUGUAAAGGGCUUCUCCUGACUACAGAUUCAAGCCUUGCAAAAAGUACUUAUUAUGCGGAUAUAACAUUUUAUAUCACAGAUCAACGAGCUUUGAAUUUUUGUUACAAAAUGCCCCCCCCCCCCAUAAAAAAAAAAAAAAAAUAAAUAAACACACAAAAAAAACAACAACAAACAAAAAUCGAAUGUUUCAGUUGUAAUUAGCAACCACAAUUGUUUAUAAGAACGAUUGGUCUCGUAGUUUUUUGGUUUUCUUU